AGGGAGUGUUUAAUUGGGAUGCGACCUGGUAGUAGAUCCACCACAUGAGGAAACGCUGUCCUGUGUUUCAGAUGUACAGUACAUGAGUUAUUACUAUGAUUCCUCCGGUUUUAGAUGAUCCUCAGGUGGAAACACUUCUCAAUUCCUUGGUUUUAGAGGAUGAUAUACUGAAAGAUGUCAGAGAUGAGCUCCAGCUAUUCCUGGAGAAGCUCACAGAUAGUGCAAGGAGCACAACAAAACGGGUUAAAGAGCGCUUGCUAGAAGAAGCAUUGCAGAUGCUAAGGAAAGUCCCACCACCACUUCUUCAAGCGCUGAAGUGCGAACAUCAACGGCGCCUCACUCAGAUCAUCCUGUCGUCCCAGAUAGACGCGGUGAACAAAUCCACGUCAGCCUGCCGCAAACUAGACCGGAUGUUGCAACACCUGGCUCAGGUCAAUGAGUCUUUAGUAUUUGACGAAGUCCGACAAUGUCUUGACAGGCUUCUCCAUCAGGAGAAGGUGCUGUCUUUAAAGGACAUUCAAUUAGUGUGUAUGUUUUUGGAGGAGAGCACGAUGGGCAGAGAAGGUUUAAGACUAAUGUUUUCAUCUCUGAUGUGUAAAAUCACCACAUUGUUUCCUGACAUUAUGAAAGAUGAAGCGUCAAGAAACGGUUCUAUGUGUUACCACACAGUCAAGGUAUGUCUGCAGGUGUUCCAGCUGCUGCCUGAGCAAGUGGUGCCUCUGGUAUUUUUAGAGCAGAAAGACAAGCCGUAUGUGAACGAGAUUCUGGGAUCCCUUAUGAAUAUUAUCUCGGGAGAGAUUAGUAACAGGGAGACACGAUUGUUGGCAGGCACUGCUGUGGCCAUGCUGAUCUCUGCAGCUCCUGACACUGAGAGUGGAGCUUCAGCAGCCAUGAAUUUACUUCAGGUUACCAGCACGGAGCAGCGUAUUUUGACAGUAGGACAGUUGCAGGUGGACUGUGUUUCCAGACAUUGUGAUGGAGUUGAUAAACUCAGUGUAGCCAGAGGACUCCUGACCUGCUUAAGGAAGGACUUCCUCACCCAAAAGAAUAAAGACAAACAGACCUGCCUCCUCCUAGAUGGAUUAUUUCCUCUUAUCUCCGAUUUGCUCAGAGAAAAACGGGACUGUCACUACUAUGUGUUUCAAGUGUUUAUCUUGUGGCUGAAAAGUGUGAAAGAAUGCCUGCUCGAGAUUAGGGAGCUCUAUGGCGCUUCUUUUCUAGACGUUGACUCCGUCCUUCGAGACAGACUCACGCAGAUCAUUUGGGACAACGCUGAGAGCCCGGUGGAGGGCGUGUCUGAAUCAGUACGCACUGCCUUCAGUUUAUUCCUGGAGAUCUACGAGAUGGACCGUCGGCUUUCUGGAGAUACUGAGAAACGGCUUUACAUGAAUUUGCUGCACAGGAUUGCUGAGCUGCCGUGGGAGUCCAAAGCCAAAUAUUCACCGCUCGGUGCCCUUGUGCCAUAUGUUGGUACAGACAAGGUUCUGGAACUGUACCCGGCUCUUCCGUCUCAUAUCUGUAAGUGCCUCUCCGCCAAUCACCUUGCACCUUGUGCGUCUGAGCUCUACAAGUUGCUGCUUCAGGAGCAAAGACAGGAGCUUACAGUGAGUACUGUGAAAGACGCUCCACCCACUGAGCUCCACCUGGCCACUCAAUGGAUGCAACGAUGGCAAUCUACACUCCUGAAAGCUCUGACCUCUGACGUGACUCUACUUCAGAAUAACACCUCCAGCUACCUCCUUCCCUACACCCUACGCUGCUUUCCAGAUGCAUUUAAAACGUUACUGGCUGCUUUAGACCCUGUUGCCCCGGGGCACUUACGAGCAUGGGUGUGUAUCAUGAGUGCCCAGCGUGCAAAUAACAGGCAUCUGUUCUGGAAAUCAGAAAGCAACUUUCCCUUGGGAACGCUCAGGCUGGCCUUGUCGUCUCUGGAUGACGGUGUGCGCUUAGCGGCUUUCAGUCUGAUCUGCUGCAGCCCAAAGUCUAAAGAACCUCCGUUAGAGGUGGAAUAUGCUGCCAUCAGGGACUUUCUUCCUUUUAAUCUGAACAGUUAUUCGUCUCCGUUUCGUCAGCACCUUCAGGCUGGAGUCAGGAAGUUCCUCGUGAGGAUUAGGGACAGUUCUAUGGCAAGGCUAAAAAGUCAAAAAAGUAAAAAGGGCCUGAGCCAUGAAGAGCAGAAAGAACUUGAGCAAGGCGUAGACUUUAUUGACUGGCUGGCGCAGUUGCCAUUUGUCUCCCUGGUUCCUGGGAACAGCUUCCAAAGGAAGAAGACAGCGCUUCUUCUGCUAGCGGCAAUUCUGGAGACCUGUUCAGACUCCUGGAGUCCAGACAGGAAGAAAGGUCAGCCACCAGCGAACAUGUCCGAGCUGAUAGACUACGCCACAGAAAGGCAAAAGUGGGAUUUUUACUGUCGGUCAAGACAGCUGGUCCUGAUUGGCUGUUUGGAGGAUAUGACCAAUGAGAUCCGAGAGCAUGCGGCUGAGCUGCUGGUGAGGUUUUUCCCAUCGUCUCUCGAGUCUGAUGUCGCUGCUGCUCUUUUUAGCCGAGCACAGAGACGUCUGCACAGCCCACGUGUUCAGGAGGCUCAGAUGGGGGCUCUGAUGAUCAAACUACUGCUACAGAAAGGCGUGUCUCUGGAUGGUGUAGUGUCUGAGCCUCUGAAGCAGGAUGAUGUGCAGUCGGUCAGGGUAAUCAGAUACCUGCUGAAGAUUCUGGAGCAGCAGUACCUAAUCGCCAAGCAGGACAUGCUGCUUGCUGCACGCUCCGCACCUCUACAUGGUGCAGUCAGUGCUAUUCACAAGUGUGUGAUGGACGUGCCUGGGGCUUUGGCUGAAGCUUUAGAUGGCAGUAUGAUUGCAGAAAUGCUCUCACUGCUGGAAAAGAUCACAUUGCUGCUGCUCGGAGUGUUGUACGGAGAUCAGAAUAUGGAGGAAAAAGAAGUCCCACCUUCAUUUUGCGACAUGGGGAACGCCAUCAGUUCUCUAAUUGGACACAGUGGCUCAGGCCUGGAUGAAGAAGGAGAAGAGAAUGUGCUGCUAUCAGAAGAGCACAGUCUAGUGCUGACCAGCUGCUGGGUCACGCUGAAGGAAAUAGGGAUUUUUCUCGGUUUGCUGGUAGAGAAGAUUCUGUUGAUCACUCGUGAGGACAGAACAUGGCUAACUGUUGAAGAUCUGCAGAAGGUUUCAAAAGUAUUCAAGGACAUUAUUCUGAAAUGUAGGCACUGGGGGGCAGUGGAGGGCUGCUGCAUUGGAUUCACAAAAUUCUGCACUGCCCUUCUUACCAGCUCUGAUCCAAAGCUCAGAGAAAUUCCUAACGACAUUCUACAGCAGGGUCUUUGUGUCCUUCAGACCCCCCGCGGUACGUCAGUGACGAGACGGGCAGCUGGCUUGCCGAUGCUUAUUCUUGGUGUGUUGGCAGCCGAGGAGAACAGCACCUCUCACCUACUGCUGGCACACAGCAUGAACACACUACUGGAGAUAGCCAGAGCCCCACUGCCCCUGAACUGGGACCAGACACUUGACUUGCCCCAGGUAUGUGCUGUUCACACAAUUCAGGCACUGGUGAAAGGCUCCAGUUUGGGUAUGACUAUUCUUCAGUAUGCAUCCGAGGUCACCAUGCUGUCACUCACACUACUUAGCUCUCCUUGGUGGGCCAUGAGGAACGCUGCCCUGCAGCUUUACAGUUCUCUCUGCUCCAGAAUGUUGGGUCAAAAACCUGCUGAUGAAGAUGUCUCUGCUCAGUAUAGCAUUUCCUCCCCUGCUUUUUUUAAACAAUAUCCUGCAUUAAAGCCCUUCCUCCAGGGCGCAUUAGAAAGAGCAGCCACAGACCUGCAUGAAGCCAGACUGAGCCUUCAGCCCUCUCUCUACCCCAUCCUAACCCUGCUGGCCAAGCUGCACCCUGGAGCUCAGGAGCAAACACAGGCUCUGUCCGACUUCCUACCUCCGCUGCUCCAGCUAGCUGCUAGCCCCAUAUACGGUGUGAGAGCGAUGUCCGCCCAAGCCCUGGUUGCCAUGAUACCACCUACAGAGUAUUUGGCAAGUGUACUGAGCGUGGUGAAGGAGCUGCCCGAGAAGCCAGUUAGCCCAAGCUGUCACAACAGUAUACAUGGCCGACUCCUACAGAUUAAGGCCAUCCUGACCAGAGUCCUUCAUGCUGACAACGCUUGCCCAUCCUCUCUAUAUGGUGUGGUGAAGGCGAUGGAGGACCGACUUUGGCUGGCAUCCAAUGAGCAAAAGUGCCCUUUGGUGUGCCAGGCGUACGUGGCUGUGCUGAGGCUGCUGAGAGAGAACUGCUCAGGGGAUUUUCUCAAGAAUCUUGGCACUCUGCUGAUGAAGGAACUACUCAGAAAGCCACACAUUCUUGAGCUUGGCUCUUCCUCUUUCCACCAAAGUGCUGUGCACUUCCUGUGUGAAGACCCUGACUGGGCGUAUCAGGUGUGGCCCCACCUGUCCAGUGGAAGUGCAGUUACUCGUCUCUCUUUGGUGAAGUGGGUAAAAGAAGGGCGGGGCUGGAGAGGAAGUCGCUUACAGAAUGAACUGGAGAAAAUACUCCAGGCCAGUCUGAAGGAGGCACUCAUGGAUCAGGAUGUUGAGUACAAGAGUGUGUACUUAUCAGCCUUGGUGGAAGUCAUGACCCCAGAUGUGUUGAGCGUAACCCAUUCUCAGCCUGUCCAGUUAAAGCUUGAGGGGGAAGAGCUGCAGGAGUGUGUGCAACUCCUCUUGGAGGAUCUGGAGGGAAGCAGAGGAGGGCCAGAGCUUCUCUCUCAGACCCUGUGUGCUCUAUCUCUUCUACUUUCUCCAAGCACGGACAUGCUCGUACUGCAGCGCUGGUGUAUGCUAUUAGAAACACACAGGUGUGCUGAGGCUCCUGAAGCUCUGCGAUUGGCCUGUGCUCAGGCUCUGGUUCUGACCGGAGCUUCUCUAGUGACCAGCAGCUUGAUGGGCAGCACUGCUCUGGAAGCUCUCAGUGUCAGACUGAUCAGUGCAGGUGUGCACCUACUGCAGGAUCAGAGUCAGCAAGUGAGAGGCCAGUCUGCCAUCUUUGCUUCGCUUAUCUGCAAGUCCCAAUCAGGAAAACCCCCAACAAGGUGCUAUCUUAUGCAGAGCAACCAGUCUUUAUGUAUGCUGCUGGACCUGCUGCUGUGGAAAUUCUGGGAUAGUGAAGGCACUUUGGAGGCUUUGGUGUGUCACUUGCCAAAUUGGGAUCUCAAAAGUAUACUUCAGGAGACAAAGCUCUCACAAUGCAGCACUCUUUAUGAGCAGGACAACGCCAACAUGUUUUUGGAGCCCUCUGUGAUUUCUGAGACCAUCCUGCCAUAUUUGCUUUGCCUGGCAAAACGAUACCCAGAAUCCUCUGUCCUUGCCAGGCUUCUCGAUCGGUGGGAACAAGAAAAUACAGUCUCAGUCAGAGAGAACCUUAGCAUCUGUGCCGAGCUCCAUUUGGGUGACACCAUAGAUCCUGACUGGUUGAGUGUGCUGAUGGAGCCACGUUUCCACGGUGCCCUGUGUGGGCUGUACGCCAAGGCUGCCUUUCUGCUGCACAUUCACAGUGUUUCAAAGAAGCCAAGACCCCUGGGUGACCCUUCUGUUUUAGACCUUCUGGAAGUACACAAACGGUUUAGCUUGCAUGGAGUUUAUCUUCCAGACUGUUUUGUUAACGACAUUAGAACAGAGCGAGUAUAAACUGAUUCAAGUGGAUUUGUGAUUGUAGUAGAUUUGAGGUUUUAUAUCAAUUCUGAUUGGAUGCCAAAAACUUUCACGAGCUACCUCAGUCUCAGAUAAAGUGAGGAAAAAAGCAUGUGAGUAUUGCAGUAAUACAUAUAAUCAUUAUUACAUACUGAAGGGUAGGUAAUUGCAAAUGUUUUCAAAGUAAAUCACAUUCCAAUGGAUUCAGCCAAGCGUCUCAGGCUAUUUAAUUUAUAAAUUAAUUCGGAGGUAAUCCAUUAGGACACAUUUUUAGGCACUGCGUUUAAGGCUUUAGUGUGCGUAUCUGCGUUUGUGUCUUCAUUAUUGGCAGUAUCUACACACCGUGGAAAAAAACCAGAGAAUAAAAAGGGACAGCAGAUAUAUUAAAGUUGCAGUGUGCAAUUUUUAAAGAAGCAUGUAGGUACCCAUUGAUCUUAAAAAGACUGAUCUGGAUCAGUGUUAGUUUCUUUCAGACCCAGAAAUGAACAUUGCCUCUAAGAUAAUACAGAGCUUCUCAACACUGCCUCUCACAGUACUUGCACUUCUCCAAGUAGACACCAGGGGGCUUUACAACGUGCAAACUGCUGCUUUAAUAUUCUUCUACUUAUAUCCUAUAAAACAAUGUGCUCUGAUCAUAAACAGGAAGUGGAUUUUUUUAUACAAUAUUUAUAUCUUGUUCAUAUCUGAUUUUAUUGAUAUGUAAAGAUAUUUGGUCAAAUAAAUAAAAGUAUUCUAAACCUUU